AAAAAAAAUAGACUUGAGAUUUUUUUCACUCCAUUAAACCACCAAGAAUAGAAUUAUUUAAUGAGUAUGAAGAGUGGACGCAGAUCGGGUAAGUGCGAAAGCAAAGAAUAGAAUCAUUGGGUGUCGAUCUAAACAGAUGAUGAUGCGAUACAAAGAGGAAAAAGAAGCAAAGAAGGAAGCUUUUAGAAAAUAUCUGGAAACAAGUGGAGCUGUGGAUGCUCUCACCAAAGUUCUCGUUGCUUUGUACGAGCAAAACGACAAGCCUUCUUCUGCCGUUGAGUUCAUUCAACAGAAGCUCAGCUGUCCUUCCAUCUCCGAGUAUGAAAAAUUGCAGGCCGAAUUCUCCGAUCUGCAAAUCAAAUACAACGAGCUGUUGGCAGCGCACCAGAGAACCUGCAAAGAGUUAGAAGAAAUCAAAAGCUCACAUGUCUUGGCGACGGUAUCUACCAAAGAAACAACUGACAAUGAAUCUCCGAAAGAUGGGCUCUAAAGCUUCCACGUUGAAACUUGCAAUUCUUGUGGGUAACCUGGUUUGAAAAUUUUCCGAAGUGUUUUUUUUUUUCAGUAGAGGUGACUACUGAUUGUGAAUAAGAUUUUUGGGAAUUUAGUUUUUAACCGAACCUCCAUGGUAUCAUAUUAUUCAUGUAUCCCAAUCUCAGCUACUGAGAUUAGACCAUUGUUGUUGGUGGUGGUGGCAAGUGACAAUUGGUAGAUUUUGGUUAUAGGGGAUUCCGUUAUAACUUGUAAUCACCUCUUCAGUCUACAUAAGCUGUGACCUAUGUGUAAAAUGGUGUUGCUUUCUUAUCAAGUAUUUCGCACAGAAUUUUGC